AUGGCAUCUUCAUCCAACUCUGAAGUACCAACAGGCGAGAACCCGCUCGAGUCCUUCUUCAACAAUAUUCUCAAACCAGGAUCGUCGUUGCAACCGACCUUCCUCGCAAUCGUCGACGGAGCAUUUGCGGUUCUCCUGGUCAUCCUGCUCAGCCUAGCUUUCCUCACGUCGGGAAACCCACACAUAUUCGCUCUCAUUUUCAUAGAGUUGGCUUUAUGGGCCAGUGUCAAAUGGUUCGUGAAUGAAUUGAAAAAGAUGCCGCCAGCGCAACCCCAAGGCGGAGACGGACAGACCGGGGAGAGUAAGAAGGAUGAAUAA